CAGAACCAAUAUUCUAUCUAGCCUUAUAAAUCUACAAAAUGGUGAAACUUGUCGCAGUUUGUAGAGAUGACGAGGAUUAUCCUUUCGAAAAUCGACAACUUCCUCUCAAUGUUGACAAAAAUUUAACGCUUGUGCUACAAUUCGAUGACCCCCUUCAACCUGGAUAUAAAAGCAACAAUGCUAAAUCAGAUCUCAGGACUUUUAUUGAGAAUUACAACAUUCUCAAUGUGGAAGAAGUUAAACAAGCCUGCAUGAUGAAUGGGAGAGAUUUAACAACAUUUCUGUCUCACAUGGUACCGUGUGUCGGCUGCAGAAGAAGCGUUGAACAAAUGUUUCAUCAACUUGCGGACCAAGGUCAUCCAGCACUCGACCCAUUGAUUGUGACAUCACGAGGAGGAAUGUCAAUCAAACGUCACGUUUCGUCGAACCCAACAGCUUUAUAUAAGUUGUUUUAUCACGAUGUGGUACAUAUGCAUGGAUUAAUCAAGAAUAUUUUAAAAAGCAAGAAAAACAAACGAUGCUUCAUUCAUUCAUUGGAAAUGCAAAAACCAAGGCUAGGAAGAGCCCUUGCAAUGUCACCAAACAACGGCCAAGCUUGUUCAAAUCUAAGUUCUUUGCCUCCUGCGACCUCUAACAUCGCCCCUCCUAUCACCCCUUACUAUGGGAAUGGAUCCUGGAUGGAUAUCUGGAACGAUUUAUCCAACGAAUGCAAGGAAGAAGUUGUCAUCUUAGAUUGCGAAGGAAUUCUGGAUUUGAUGGAAGAAUACUUGAAACGUCACAGAUUUUGUAAAGACUGUAAAAGCAAGGUAGCACGAGCUUUUGGGAUUCUAGUCGACGAAAUCGAUCCCAAGAAAGAGACUGGGUACUGUAGCGCUCUGUACGUUGGACUUCGAUUUUGUGGCCCCAAGUCUAAGCUUGCGCUAGAACGAGAGGCAGAGGAAAGGGCUUCUUGUGAUUCUGCAGAAUGUGAAGGCUGUGAUCACUCAAGCGAUGAAUGUGAUCAUGAAGCGGAACUGCCGUCUGGAAAUACAGAAUCAGAAGAUGAUAAGAAUACUGUGGAUAAAUCUACUGAAACAAGCGAUGAGCCACUGGUACAAGGCAACCAAUCUCGUCAUAUCCAUGUCUGCUGUGAGACUAAUUAUAUCGCCCAUCUGAUGACGAGGGCUGAAGCUGAGAUUUCUGGAGGACGUCGUGAGCGACAUGCAAAAACGAUCGACGUAGCCCAAGAAGAAGUUCUGACUUGUAUUAGUUUGUAUUUGUACGAGAGGUUACAUCGAUUGUGGCAGAAAGUACGAGCUGAAUGCCAGACAUGGAGAGUCUUGUUCUAUGUCAGUGUUGAAACUAUGAGACAAGUUUUUGAGAUAGUGAUAGAAGAAAAAGUAGGAAUGGAUAAACUGGAAGCACUUUGUGAAGAAUUGGAAGAACAGGACAGGAAACAAGAAAUCAAGCAAGAAAAGAAACGACAGAAAAAGAAAAGACAGAAGAAAAGGAAAGAAGAAGCAAAGAAACAAGAAGAAGCAGAGACAAUUCCACCAAACACUGAUGCAAGCAACAAGGUUCCUUCAUGCAACAACCGGGAUUCCCCCUCCCUACCUGCGACCAGUGUAAUGUGCACUAACAACCGCAUUUGUCGAAAAGGUGGGAGAGAUGACGGCAACAGAAGUCCUGGUUUCCAAGGAAGUGAUCUCGGAUAUUCAUCAGGAUAUUGUGAAAGUAGCGUCAGUUCAAGAGAGGGGUCAGAGGUCACAUGCUCAGAUGGUUUCUGCAACCACGAUGAGCAUGAAUGUGCAGAGAAAGAAAACAGAGCUGCUUUCCCUCACAAAAUCAAUAAGGGAUCAAGUGGAGAGUUCGGACAUAAAAGUUGUCGUCCCUGCCAGAUGUCAAGUGCUCCACCAAUAUCAUCUCAGUCGCCUGCAGAAGGGUCAUGUGACGAGUGUCAAAGUUCACAGGAUACAGGAAGGAAGUGCAAAAAAGGGAAAAAAGUAAAGAGCAACAUCUACAACAUUGGAAAACCUUUCUCCUCUCAGGAAUCCGGGAAUUUUCAAUCGAGACUGUUAGAAAUGCUGAAAGAGGAACCUGACAAAUUCACUAGUCGAAGCCAAAGAGAUAAACAAGGUGUUGUCAAUGGCGAUGGAAAUGGUUCUGAAGGUCACGACCCCGAUGACGAGGAAAGUGACGGCGACGGUUUAACAGCGGAAGAGAUUGCGGAGUUCGAGAGAGACAGGAAUCGAAUUCGAGAGGAAAGAAUCGUUCUACGAGAAAAAAUUCGAAAGAACUUUCUGCAUUUUUGUGGAAAGGGGGACGAAUUAAGUGAAGGUGCCAAGGUUGCUAACGGCAACGAUGGAGGCAGUGGUCACCAGAGCGUGACUGUCGUCAAUGGCAACCAACAACGUAAGGGGAAACCCCAAAAUGGUACAAACCAUUCCAAUGGGAAAAAAGUGAAAUCCCGUAAAUAGUUUAACCAAAAAAUUACGACUCAAUUUUUCCAGAAAAACUGAAAAUUCCCGAUUUUUAUGUUUUUAUUAUGUUUAUUGUAAUUUGUUAUUUCCAUACGUUGAACAGCAGGGCUUCGGAGCUGGAAAACUUUUAUUGACAAUUCUCAACAUCCUGAAAACUAACUGUCCUCCCAAAAACAUUGACCUGACUCUGAACUUAAAAUAUUUUAAUAAGUUAUAAAAAAAAUCCUUUUCCAAAGUCCUUUGGUUUGUUUCUAGGGGCUUUGCUUAUAAUAAUUUGUUUUGAUUUGAUAGCUGAUUUCUACUUCUGACUCUAAGCUUAUAAAUUAUUUUAAUUGUAUUUAAAACUUUGGACUUGCGAAUUUUUACUUUCAAAUCGUUUUAUUUUGGUUCUCGGGGUUCAAAAUUUUGACUUUGACUCUCAAACGUCAAAGGGACUCUCUUCAGAAUUUUGGCCAUCUGGUAAAAUUUCUAAUCCUUGGAAAAAAAAAAUGCCGAUCUCCUCUGCUCUGCUGGACGUAAAAACACAUUGCCAAAAAUGAGCAUAAUACAAUUCUUAUGCGCCUCUAAUUUUUGUCAAAAACCCAAAAAGUGGGAUAUUUUACAAAAAAAAAUAAUUGUAGUUUACACAUAUCGUUUGUUUAUUGAUGAUAGCAAAUAUUGUUACCAUAAACAUGAGGUUAUUCUGCUAUUAUAUUUUAGAUGAAAGUAGGUGUUGCCGUUGGCUGCAUUAUAUUGAAUAAAAUGCUGUUAUAUAAUUUUA